GACCACCCCACCCAACACCAGAGCGAGGCUAAUACAUCCAACAUGGCGGAGUCUAUUCAUGUUGCGACGUGAAUCCGCACUUUAGGAAGUUUUCCGUUAUGUCCAGACGUAUUUAGGCGAUUUGGCGUGCAGAUAAAAGAUUCCAAGCAUGUCCGGUGGAUUCAAGUCCUACGUCAACAUGAACGAAGUGGAGAAAACGGAGCCAGAAGUCCAGAAAAAGGACGUGAAGAAAAUCGCCAACGAAGUCUUCGGAGGCCCUCUGGAACCAAAGCUUCUACCAGGGGAACUGGUGAUCGCUGAAGGUCAUAACGUUCUAAAGUUUGACUCAACCGAUGACUUCAACCAUGGCAUUUCUGGAGCCCUCUUCUGUACAAACUUCAAGAUCAGCUUUGUGACAGCGAACAGGUCUUCCUACGACUUGGGUGAAUUGAGACAGAGAAACCAGCUGCUGUCUGAACACGAUAUUGCCCUGACUUGCGUGGAGGCUAUUUAUCAGGUGUGGAAUGGCAAGAAGAAACGACUGCCACCUGGUAGCAACAUACAAGGCAGGGUUGGAAUAUUAGAGAUUCAUUGUAAGGAUUUCAGGAUACUGCCCUUCAGCUUCAAGUUUACUCCUAAAGAGGCUGAGAGAAAUGUAGUCAAUGCCAUCCUGCACCACGCCUUCCCCACCUCGCUGGACCUGCUGUUUGCUUUUGAGUACAACCCAGGGAAGAACCUGAGGAUAGGUAUUGCAGACACCCCAGAGUUCCGAGCAGUGAAGGACUGGGAGAGGGAGUUAUCCAGAGUGCACCCUGCUGGCUGGAGGGUCAGUUUUGCCAACACCAACUUCAAGAUGUCAGACACGUUACCAGAACAGUUCAUCGUGCCUUCUUCCCUGUCUGACCAUGACCUGAACAACUCCAGCCCACACUUUGUGGACGGCAGAGUUCCUUUGUGGAGUUGGAGCCACCCAAAUGGGAGUUCCCUGGUCAGGAUGGUGGAGCUGAGAUCAGACACAACACAAACACAGUACCUAGAAAGGCACUGCCUACCAUCCACUCAGGUGGUGCCACUGGGAGGUUUAGACAGUAUGUUGAGGGCAAUAGAGAGCACCCACCCCGAGAAAACCAAGGCUUCUGUUAUCGACCUGGGCAGACUAUGUCCCUCGCCCAAGUACAUUCAGCAGGCUUACUACAAACUACGGGACCUGUGUAUGCCAGCUGGUGCUGAAGACUUCUGGGCUGCUGACCAGAAGUGGUAUAGUCUACUGGAUGGGACCAAAUGGUUACAGUGUGUCAGUGCUUGUCUGUCUGUGUCGUCUGCUGUGGCUGAGAGAAUAGCUGGCAGUAGGCAGACUGUGGUGCUUAGAGAGUACGAUGGUCGUGACCUGUCGUGUGUGGUGUCGAGCCUGGUGCAGGUGAUCCUGGACUGUCACACCCGUACCCUGGUGGGGUUCCAGUCCCUGGUGCAGAGGGAGUGGGUGGUGAGCGGACAUCGCUUCACCGACAGGCUGCACCACGUGCACGCCAAGGACAAGGAGAACGAGGAGUCGCCAGUGUUCCUGUUGUUCCUGGACUGUGUGUGGCAGCUGCUGCAACAGUUCCCAUCAUGCUUUGAGUUCACGGAGACGUACCUGACCACCCUGUGGGACAGCGCCAGGGUGCCGCUGUUCGCCACCUUCCUCUUCAACAGUGAAAGGGACAGAUAUGUAGCCUGCAUGGAUGCUAAGCGAGACAAGAACGACAACACGUCGCCGACCCUGAUGUCUGUGUGGGACUGGUCCCUCCAGUUCUCCGACCAGGACCGUCUGCUCUUCAACAACCCUCUGUACGGCGGCAAGCUGGCUGAGUACUUCCCCGAACACCCCUCGAAUGGCCCCACAGUGGUUCCUCCCAACCCCACCAACACGCUGGGGAGCUUCAAGUCCAGGAACAAGUGGAAGAGCAAGAAGAAGCAAAAACAAGCCGGCGCAUCUGCACAGGUGUCGUUCACAGCUCCUUCAACACCAACUUACAACGGGCCGCUGUUCCCGAUUAACAUUGGAGCCGGACUGAAGUUAUGGACCCAAUGUUACAUGAGGUGGAUACCGUGGGCCCACACUGUCGGUGGUGGCCCUCCCUCGGAGUACUUCCACCAGUGUCUCCUUGUGGAUGAACUUCACAUCUUAAACAUGAAGAUCCACGAUCUAGAGACGUCUAAACCUGAUGAGCACAACACCAGCCAGGACAGCGGAAUGUUCUUCACGUUCGAAAGCCCCCGAGGGUUUGAUGCAAACGAUUCCCUAACGUCUGCAUUUCCCUACUCCCCUAUAGGAAGCAUGGACAGGAAGUCCAUAGUGGGAACCCCUCUCUUCUCCUUCCUUCGUAGGAUGUCUGUUUCAAGCUACAAUGGAGCAGCAGCAGCAAACGGGGAUGACUGAGUUUCUCUGUCUGUAUUAUUAGACCACCUGAUUUUUUUUUAAAUUCCCAAGUCAAAUGACUCUAAAUUGGCAAGAACUGUAGUAUGGAGGCUUUUAGAACUUCAAGGUGAUUUUUCACACUAUAGUCUGUAUUUUCAGAGAUAACCUGUAGUUAGUUGUGCUGUGUCCCCUGCUGUGUAUGUGGCCUUGAUAGUACAUGUAACUGCCUUGUACAUGUAGGCUGGCAAUCUUGUAGACCAAGAAUGCCAUUUUGAAGCUUUGUCGAAAAGAAGAGCAUUUUUAACAGACACUUGUUUUAUUAUUAACCUAUUGUUCCACUGUAUUUUAAUUUUUUAACUUAAUUCUUGUAGAUUUGUAUCUGAUUCACCUCUAAGUAAUGUACAUGACAAAAAAGAAGUUCUUAAGAGCGAUUGCUUUCAAUUUGUAAUUCAGCAUAAGAUAUUGAAACUAGAAUUAAGUCAUCACAACCAUUACUGUCAUCUUUGUUGAUUAUAGCAUGAUGCCUAUACUUGCCAUUAUUGAUCAUGUACCUAAUACUUGUUAAUUCAUUUUAAAACAUAAUCUAAUGUUGUAAAUAUUCACAUGAAGGUGCAAUGUUACCAAUAUGUCCCUUUGUUAGUCUUGUAUAUUUUGAGUCAGCUGUUGUUAGCUGUAAUACCAGUAGGUUAAGAUGGGAUUGUAACCUCUUCAUAUUUAAUGCAUCUCUAGAUAGUCAUACAUCAUGAUGGGAACAAUGCAUGUACAGUGCUGUAAUAAGUGACAGCUAGUUUUACCUAAUCCCCAAGCAGAUGUAGGGUUUACCUUGGAGUAGUUGGAGUUUUAUAUGUGUAUUUUUGAGGCAUUUUCUUUGUCUUUCUCCUUGUUUCUUCUGUAGCAGGAAGGUGAUGAGAUAAUAAUGCGGACCACAAGAAAGAUAAAGAAAAUGUCUCAAAGCUGAUCCUACAUCUACAAAUGUAAUUGGCAUUAGUUUUACCCCUUCAUAAUCAAUGUAAGUGUAAUUGCACAUCGAUGAGGGGUUGUAACUGUAUGUACAUGUCAACUUACUGUGGUGUAUCUUUCAAACCUGAGAUUGCAAUCAUGCUAUUAUUUGUUUCUUGACAGCAUAACUAAUUUUCCAAUCACUGCCAUGCCAAGUGAAAAAGGACAUGCCCCACAGUUCUUAUAAGUUUUCCUUUUUUCCAUAUUGCUUAAAUCUAAAGUUACUUGUUGAGUCCCGUGUAAAAUCAUCAAAACUGUUGUACUUGACCACACAAAUCACAAAGGAUGACGCCUAAAUCUGUUUGGAUAUUGCUUUAUGUUAUUGCUUAUCAUUGUGCAAAGACUGAUACCAGAAGUCAUUAACAUAAUCAUGAUUUCACUGGAUGAAUAAACACAUAACUUAAAUA